UCCGGUAUCCUGUCCGAGGCUUUUCCCAGGCAUCAGGAAUGUCUUCUGAGCCCACUUCCUCUGCCUCGCAGCAGCCUCCCACCUCUCCACCCUCACCCAGUUCUCUCCACCUGCCCGAGAGCCGCAGGCCAAGAGACCGCUCGCCGUCGCCCAUGCGGGGGUACCUCAUCCCCAGCCCGCUGCCCACCCGCCGCACCAGGACCUUUUCAGCAACUGUGAGAGCAUCGGAGGGGCCCAUCUACAAAGGUGUCUGUAAAUGCUUCUGUCGCUCCAAAGGCCAUGGCUUCAUUACCCCUGCAGAUGGAGGGCCUGACAUCUUUGUACAUAUCUCUGACAUCGAGGGCGAGUACGUUCCUGUGGCAGGCGACGAGGUCACCUACAAGAUGUGCACCAUCCCUCCCAAGAAUGAGAAGCUGCAGGCAGUGGAGGUGGUGAUCACUCAUCUAGCUCCUGGAACCAAGCAUGAGACCUGGUCAGGGCACGUCGUCAGCUCCUGAGGGGUCCCGGAGGGAGCGCGGCUGCUGCCUGCACCGUCACUGCUCAACCACUGGCUGCAGGGGACCUGUCCUGAGAAUAUUCUGUCUAUCGUGGGGGAGGAAAUACUGCAUUGUCAAUAAUAGCAGAAACUGGCCACAUUUACCUUUUUUACAGCUGGCCUAAGACCCAAACAAAGCCAACGACAACAAAAGGCAAUUCAAAUGCUAAUGAGAAAAAAUCUAGCAUAAGGUGUUUACCAAACAUGUGUUUUGAAGAGACCUAGUUUGUGUGCUUGGUGGAGGAGGGGAAGUUUGGUUUUUCUUUUAUCUUGUGACCUGAUUCCAAGAAAUGCCCAGGGCAGUCAGGGAGAGGUUUGAAGGAGAGCUCUACUAGCCCAGACAGGCAUAGCAGAGGCAGGGCUGCAAGGCCCUGGAGGUGUGUGAGCACCCUGUUCCCUGGAGCUGCCCUUCUGUAAGGGCCGGAGCAGGCUUUCUGCUGCUAACAGUGCCUGAACGCCUGGAUGAGAGAGAGGGAGGUGUUCACUGCUGCUGUUUCUUUUCCUCAUGGAAGGAAGUUCACAAACAGAGCAGCUGUUGCAGGGUGGAAAAGCUCUUACUUGGUGGCUCUGCUCCGAUGGCCAUGGCUGGUUGCCUUUCAGGUGCAGCAUUUGCACAUGGCAUAUGUGUGGAAUAUUGAGGUUUCAAAGCCUGGGUUGUUUGUGAAUUUACUUCAGUGCCUUGAUGGUUGAUUAGCAACAGAUUUUGUAGGCCAGUAUUAAAAACAAAACCAAACCAACAACCUCCUGCCCAGAA